GGAAGGCAGGAAAUCCAAGAUGGUGGUUCUGGUGCUAGAUAAUGGCGCCAGUGCAGCGAAAGUCGGAUUUAACACAGCUGAUAGUCCAAGGCUUAUACCGAACUGUAUUUUCAAAGCGAAGAGCGAAAGAAGAAAGUUGUUUAUUGGCGAUCAACUGGAAGAGUGUAAAGAUUAUUCCGGAUUAUUUUACCUUCUACCUUUUCAAAAGGGCUUCUUAGUGAACUGGGAUGUAGAGAAGCAGAUAUGGGAUUACAUGUAUGGUAAAGAGGUUAUGAAGGUUGAUUUUCCUGAAACAACCAUUCUGAUGACUGAACCGCACUUUAACUUUACCUCUAUCAAGGAUGCUACAGAUGAAAUUUUGUUUGAAGAAUAUAAUUUCAAAGCCCUGUGCCGAAUAUCAGCUGCCCAAUUGAGUGCCUUCAAAUGUCACAAAGAAGAAGUAGACAAACGUCUUAUAUGCCUGGUUGUAGAUACUGGAUAUUCAUUUACACACAUUGUGCCUGUUCUCAAUGGAAAAAUAUUAAAGAAAGGCAUAAAAAGGAUUAAUGUUGGUGGAAAACUGUUGACUAACCACCUAAAGGAAAUCUUAUCUUACAGGCAACUGCAUGUGUUAGAUGAAACAUAUGUCAUUAAUCAGGUUAAAGAGGACACUUGUUAUGUAUCAGAUGACUUUUAUAGAGAUAUGAAUAUCUCUAGGCUCAAAGGUGCCAAAAACACAGUUGUGAGGGAUUAUGUGUUGCCUGACUAUACCCAUUUGAAGCGAGGCUAUGUUAAGUCAGCAACAGAAAUGUGGCUUGGAACUAGGAAAGAAAAUGAGCAGAUCUUACGAAUGAACAAUGAAAGAUUUGCUGUUCCAGAGCUUUUGUUUCAUCCGUCAGAUAUAGGAAUCCAUGAAAUGGGAAUACCAGAAGCAAUAAUUCAUUCGAUAGAACAAUUGCCAGUGGAAAUGCAGCCUCAUUGUUAUAUGAACAUACUUUUGACUGGAGGAUGUUCACUGUUCCCAGGAAUGAAAGAAAGAGUUUUCUCCGAGGUUCGAUCACUUGCUCCUUGUGAUGUAGACGUUGCUGUUUAUUGCCCAUCAAAGCCUGUAACACAUGCUUGGGAUGGUGGAGUUGCUCUGUCGAAGACCGACAUGUUUGCUAGUAAGAUGUGUGUGACUAAAGCCGAGUACGACGAACACGGAAAGAACAUCUGCAGAGAAAAAUUCGAUUCUUGAUUCUGCUGUAUUUGUCAUUUUAGAUCUUUCUCGUCAAUUGCUGUUGCAUAUCAACUACUAGAGAGAUAGUUGGAAGCCUGAGAGAACCAUGUGAUUCACUUUUUGGGGCUUUCAGAGUAAGUCGGUCUGUAACUGAUUUUGCGAUAUGGUAAGUUAUCAAGCAAAGUUAGGACGAUUUGAAAUUAUUGACGAAGUGAAAGAACUCUUCGUACCUAUGUCAAAAGCCACAUUUUCUGACUUCAUGGGAGCAGAAUACUCCAGUUCCUCGGCUCUGUACAUAUAGUCGUACAGAUUCAUUCCAGGAGCACGUUCAAACGCUGCACCGCCGCCAUGCUUGACUGCCUCUGGAAAGGCCAGCAUGGUACACGGAAGGCAAGGCAUGAUAGUCAAAAUAGCGCCUAGUCACUUUUGUUGGCAUCUAGCAGGAACAGUUGUUCACGUUGUUAUACCUAUGAUCUCAUAGUUGGAACAGGAAAGGACGUUAUGGAGGCUCAAUAAAGUCCUAACGCCACAA